AUGACGUUGCAGGAACGCUGACGCGCGGGAUUUAAACUGCGACGGUUUACUCGGCGCUAAGGCUUCUCAGGGUUAGCAGAGUUGUGGUUUAUUAGCAUUUUGUAUUUUUCUUCCUCGAGGAUCUCCGAGUACCCAUGGAGUCAUCACUUCAGUCUCGCUUGUUUCCCGGUCUCUCCAUCAAGAUCCAACGCAGUAAUGGCUUAAUUCAUAGCGCCAGUGUAAGAACUGUAAAUUUGGAGAGAUCCUGCGUUUCUGUGGAAUGGACCGAAGGAGAUGCCACAAAGGGCAAAGAGAUUGAUUUUGAUGAUGUAGCUGCAAUAAAUCCAGAACUCCUACAGCUUCCUCCCUUACACCCAAAGAACAGUCUGCCCCUGCAGGAAAAUGUAACCGUCCAGAAACAGAGACGCAGAUCAGUCAACUCCAAAAUUCCUGCUCCAAAAGAAGGUCUCCGAAGCCGAUCUACUCGCAUGUUCACUGUCCCAGAGACUCGAAUCACCGCUCAGGAGAACGAUAUGGAGGUAGAGCCACCUGUGCCCACCAACUCUCGCAAGCAGUUUCCUGUUACCACUCGCCCCCCUAGGCCCUCCUGCCCUGCAGUGGCUGAAAUACCAUUGACGAUGAUCUGCGAGGAUGUGGAAGAACAAGUCCACUCCGUCCGAGGCAGCUCCUCUGCACACCCUGUGAACUCAGUUCGGAGGAAAUCAUGUAUUGUGAGAGAGAUGGAAAAGAUGAAGAACAAGCGGGAAGAAAAGAAGGCCCAGAAUUCUGAAAUGAGAAUAAAGCGAGCCCAGGAAUAUGACAGCAGCUUUCCCAACUGGGAGUUUGCUCGGAUGAUUAAAGAAUUUCGGGCUACUCUGGAACGUCAUCCACUUACUAUGGCUGAUCCUAUAGAAGAACACAGGAUCUGUGUCUGCGUUAGGAAGCGCCCACUAAAUAAACAAGAAUUGGCCAGAAAAGAAAUUGAUGUGAUUUCCAUUCCAAGCAAGUGUCUCCUCUUGGUGCACGAACCCAAAUUAAAAGUAGACUUAACAAAGUAUCUGGAGAACCAAACGUUCUGUUUUGAUUUUGCAUUUGAUGAAACAGCUUCAAAUGAAGUUGUGUACAGGUUCACAGCAAGGCCACUGCUACAGACAAUUUUUGAAGGAGGAAAAGCAACUUGUUUUGCAUAUGGGCAGACAGGAAGUGGAAAGACUCAUACUAUGGUUGGAGACCUGGCUGGAAAAGGCCAGAAUGCGUCUAAAGGCGUCUAUGCCAUGGCCUCCCAGGACGUCUUCCUCCUGAAGAAUCAGCCCCGCUACCGGAACCUGGGCCUGGAAGUCUACGUAACAUUCUUUGAGAUCUACAACGGGAAGCUGUUUGACCUGCUCAACAAGAAGGCCAAGCUGCGUGUGCUGGAGGAUGGCAAGCAACAGGUGCAGGUGGUGGGGCUACAGGAGCAUCUGGUCAGCUCCGCAGAGGAUGUCAUCAAGAUGAUCGACGUGGGCAGUGCCUGCAGGACCUCAGGACAAACAUUUGCCAACUCCAACUCCUCCCGCUCCCAUGCCUGCUUCCAGAUUCUUCUUCGAACCAAAGGGAAGAUGCAUGGCAAGUUCUCCUUGGUGGAUCUGGCAGGAAACGAGCGAGGUGCACAUACCUCUAGCACUGACCGCCAGACACGUAUGGAGGGUGCAGAAAUCAACAAGAGUCUCCUGGCCCUGAAGGAAUGCAUCCGGGCCCUGGGCCAGAACAAGGCUCACACCCCAUUCCGAGAGAGCAAGCUGACUCAGGUCCUGAGGGACUCCUUCAUCGGGGAGAACUCGAGGACAUGCAUGAUUUCCAUGAUCUCUCCAGGCAUUAGCUCCUGUGAAUAUACUCUGAACACACUCAGAUACGCAGACAGAGUCAAGGAAUUGAGCCCCCACAGUGGUCCCAGUGGAGAACAGCCAAUGCAGAUGGAAACAGAAGAGAUAGAAGCCAGCUCUACCGGGGCCCUGAUGGCACAUAACUUCUCCAAGGAGGAGGAUGAUGACUUGUCUUCCCACAUGUCCAGCUUUAACGAAGCCAUGACUCAGAUCAGGGAGCUAGAGGAGAGGGCUGUGGAAGAGCUCAAGGAAAUCAUACAGCAAGGUCCAUGCUGGCUUGAGCUCUCCGAAAUGACUGAACAGCCGGACUAUGACCUGGAGACUUUUGUAAACAAAGCUGAAUCUGCCCUGGACCAGCAAGCCAAGCACUACGCAGCCCUGCAAGAUGUCAUCAGGGCCUUGCGCCUGGCCAUGCAGCUGGAAGAGCAGGCAAGCAAACAAAUAAGCAACAAGAAACGGCCCCAGUGACAACUGCAAAUAAAGAUCUGUUUGGUUCACCCCUGGCGUCUUCCCCUCGGCCCCCUCCCCAGCGAACUUGGGCACCUGGUGGGCUGGUCAGGGCCUGUGCUGGGAUGGGUUUUGUAAAUGCCAAGUGCAGGAGCACUGAGGCAGGGAAUGCUACUUUCCUUUUUCUCAACUGGGAGCGAGAGGGAGGAGCUUUGAGCUGUCCUGUGAAGUGCCCUGCUCUUCCUUGAGAGAGCCUUUUCUAGCUACUUUCCCCACAUGGACUGCUGGUGGCCUCUCCGGGUUUGUCCUGGCACUGCCGGAGGAGGAGGCACCUCUAGGCCAGCUCAGGCCUGCCAUCAACACCCUUGGUCCAUGGACUUGUGUGUUUUGUACUUUAAAAAAAAAAAAAGGUUUUGGGUCUUCCUCCUUCCUUGCAGUUUUUGAGGCUUAAGAGGAUCCCUACUAUAUUAUUUUAUGUAUUUAUGCACUGUGUUUAACAAUAAAGCAA